AUGGCAACCGUUUCCAAUGAUCGAAUUCCCACCAAUCUCCCGAUUCUUGAUUCGAAGAACUAUGAUAAAUGGACAAAACAAAUGAGGGUUUUGUUUGGUUAUCAAGAGGUUGACGAUUGUGAAUCGGCGAAGCAAGCAUGGGAAAUCUUGGAGAAAGCAUAUGCCGGUGCCGUCAAAGCGAAGGUGGUAAGGUUACAAACUUACAAACGACAAUUCGAGUUAACACAAAUGGAAGAUAAAGAAACGAUCAACGACUAUAUUACGCGCAUUACCCGGUUAGUUAAUCAAAUUAAAUCUUGUGGGGAAACGAUUCUUGAGCAGAAUGUUGUAUCGAAAGUAUUGCGUUCGUUAACGCCGCGUUUCGACAACAUAGUUGUGGCUAUUGAAGAAUCAAAGGAUCUAACAACUUUGAGCAAGGAUGAAUUGCAAAGUUCAUUAGAGGCACAUGAACAAAGGAUGGAUGAGAGAGGCGCCAACAAAGCCAAAACGGAAAUUGCUUUGCAAGCACGUUUCAAUGAGAAGAAUAAGAGGUCGAAAGGAAAAUUUGCGGCGAUAGGUAAAUCAAAUUUUCAGAAUUUUGGUUCAAAUGAUUCACAAAAUUCAAAGCAUUCGACGAGUGAAAAGGGUGAAUGUAGCUCCAAGGAUAGUGGUCAUAGCAAUGGUUUCAAGAAGCGUGAUGUGAGUAAGGUUCAAUGCUACAAGUGCAGAAAGUUUGGACACUUUGCAAAUUUGUGUCGUGGUAAAUCGAACGAGAAUCACAAUAAUGAAGCCAAGGUUGCUAGGGAAGAGGUAGAUGAUGAGGACACACUUCUAGUAAUGAUCACGAAGGGGAGUUAUGGCAUUACGGAUGUUCCGGGCAGCAGCUACAGCAGUGAAAGUUUGCGGGACAACAACUGUAAUGUUCCGGAAAAUAGCGAGAAAAUGCAUUCGGAUCGAAAUGCGUUGGUUACCGUUCGUGAUGGAGUCCAAGGGAGAGAUGAGUGGUACUUGGAUUCCGGUUGUUCAACAUAUAUGACGGGUCGAAAAGAUUGGUUUGUGCAAAUCAAUCAAGCGGCAAAAAGUAAAGUCAAAUUUGCCGACGACACCACUUUAAGCGCCGAAGGGGUAGGAGAUAUUUUGAUCGGAAAGAGGAAUGGUGGACAUUCAAGGAUCAAAGAUGUCUUGUAUAUACCGGAAAUUAAGUGUAAUCUUUUAAGUAUUGGCCAAUUACUUGAAAGAGGAUACAAAAUUCGGUUGGAGGACAAGAUUUUACGCGUUUUGGAUUCAAAUGGUGUGUUGAUUCUAAAAGCGCCAAUGGUUGCCAACAAAACUUUUAAGGUUGAGUUAAAGGUUAUGGAGCAUCGUUGUCUAGCUACCGUGGCAAGUAGAGAAUAG